CUCUGAUCUGUUAUCUUUCAUGUCCAACUAUGUUUGUGUAUGUUACUGUAUGAGAAAUGUAUUAAAUGUAUUAAUGUUAUUAAUAUGAACAUUUUAACACACAGUUUGGUUGUACAAUGUAUUUUCCUUUACUUUCCCUACAUUAAAUCACAAUUUCUCAUUAGGAAUAUUAUCGUGUUAAUACAACUAUUUAGUAUGUCACAAAAUAUAUGUUUACUUUUAUUUUCAGAUCUUCUUCCACCUAAACUGACAGUGAAUCCACCGGUGAUCACAGAGACAGACUCAGUCACAUUGAACUGUCAGACUCCACCAUCUGUUUCUGUGUCUCAGUGUUAUUUCUACACUGUUAGUGGAGGAACUGUCAGAGGCUUCUCUUGCCUGCAGACACUGACAGGAACUGAACUGCUGAAGAUGUCACAUCAGAGUUCACCUGCUGAGGUUGAAGUGAAAUGUUAUUACACUGUAAAGAUUGGAGAGUUAAAGUCUCAAUCUCCAAACAGUAACAUAUCCACAGUCUUCAUACACAAUCUUCUUCCACCUAAACUGACAGUGAAUCCACCGUUGAUCACAGAGACGGACUCAGUCACAUUGAACUGUCAGACUCCACCAUCUUUUUCUGUGUCUCAGUGUUAUUUCUACACUGUUAGUGGAGGAACUGUCAGAAGCUUCUCUUGUCUGCAGACACUGACAGGAACUGAACUGCUGAAGAUGUCACAUCAGAGUUCACCUGCUGAGGUUGAAGUGAAAUGUUAUUACAUUGUAAAGGUUGGAGAGUUAAAUUCUCCAUAUCUACACAGUAACAUAUCCACAGUCUCCAUACACACUCUUCUUCCACCUGAACUGACAGUGACUCCACUGUUGAUCACAGAGACGGACUCAGUCACAUUGAACUGUCAGACUCCACCAUCUUUUUCUGUGUCUCAGUGUUAUUUCUACACUGUUAGUGGAGGAACUGUCAGAGUCUUCUCUUGUAUAAAGACACUUACAGGAACUGAACUGCUGAAGAUGUCACAUCAGAGUUCACCUGCUGAGGUUGAAGUGAAAUGUUAUUACAUUGUAAAGGUUGGAGAGUUAAAGUCUCAAUCUCCACACAGCAAAACAUCCUCCAUCACCAUACACAAUAUUGUGGAAGGAGAGUCAUCCAUGACCCAGACAAUGCCAACAUAUAGUGUGACCAAAGAUAUUGUGAAAAAAGGGUCAAGCAUGACCCAGACAAUGCCGACAUUUACUGUGACCAAAGGUUGGACUGUUAAGAUGUCUGGUGCUUCUGUAAAACUAACAUCAGGUUGGCCUGUUGGUACAUCAGAUAAUACUGGUUGUUCCACUUCCCCAACACCAGUGAAACCAGCAUCAGAUAUUGUGGAAAAAGAGUCAAGCAUGACCCAGACAAUGCCGACAUUUACUGUGACCAAAGGUUGGACUGUUAAGAUGUCUGGUGCUUCUGUAAAACUAACAUCAGGUUGGCCUGUUGCUACAUCAAGUAAUACUGGUUGUUCCACUUCCCUAACACCAGUGAAACCAGCAUCAGCAGGAACGUGGAUAUGGAAGUCUGGAGUAGUUGUUACUGCUUGUGGAGUAAUCACAGGCACCAUCAUGCUUUUGGCAAUUUGCUGUAACAAAAGAAGAGCUGACUAUGCAAUACAAUGCCAGAUCAUCUUACUGUGUGUGUCUUUCACACUAGCAGGUCCUGAGGAAGUGAAAGAGCAGGAGCCUCAAAAUGAGAAUGGUGACACAUACCAUAUGUACUGCACCAUCUCUGAGGAGCCAGCUACAUUUGCCCUGAAGGACAUGAUGUAUAGCACCGUGCAGAAACACUGAAAGGCAAAUUGUUUUAUACUGUAUAAAGAAAGAAGACAACUUCAGCUUUUUAUCAAAGUUUUCCAAACUUUACAGCCAGACCCAAUCAGGUUAUGGCUUAUUACAUACAAAGCACAGCAUGGGUUACACCCUGCAUUUGAAUCCAUACUUCUUUAGAUCAAGAUUCAAAAUGUAUUUAGUUUCUCAUAUAAGUAAAUUUGUUUGUGAAUGGAUAUACAUGUAUUUUGUCUAAGACUUCUAUGCACUAUGAAUAAAUUUACGUACUGCUACUAUACAUACACUGUAUGUUUUAGCUCACAGUCUCCCAAUGAUACCAUACACUGAACUGCUUUUUAUUAUUAAUGUACAUUUUAAAUUGAUAAAAUGAAUAUAUCUAUCUAUUUAUUGAUAGUCUUUUUUUAGCUAAAGAAAAAUAAGACAAGGAGUAAAUGAAUGAAGGAAAAUAUUUCAGUUAAUAAAUUAUGACUGUAUAUAAGGAAUCAUUCUGUGAUCUUUUUCAUGCAUAUUUUAGCUUGUCUCUCAGGUAUUUUACAUUAUCCAUAUUAUCACUGAUGUCUAAAAGAAUUUAGUUACAAAAUAAACUAUUUGAAGAAAUGAACCUA